CGGGAGCGGGAGCCGGAGCCGGAGCAGCGAAGCUGGGAGAGCUCAGGGCCGCCGCGCCCGGUGCGCCCCGGGCGAAGCGCUGCGGGUGGAGGGCGCGCGGGGAGCGGUUGGUUGAUGAUUGAAUCGCCCGCUGGGGGCGGUUGGGCCUCGGGCCGCAGACCCUGACUCCGCCCCCAGCCGGGGACGCCGGGCUGCACCCAGAGCUCCCCGAGCGCCCUCGCCAGCCUUGCCCCGCCGCCCUGUGAGCCCCUGCUCAGCCUCUGCUUGAGCUGUCGGACUGUGGACCAGCCCGGACCCCUGCACUGCCUGCUGCCUGGGGAGGGCCCUCGCCACCCCCCGCGCCCGCCUGCACGAUGCCCAUCCUCAAGCAGCUGGUGUCCAGCUCCGUGCACUCCAAGCGCCGGUCCCGCGUGGACCUUACGGCGGAGAUGAUCAGCGCCCCGCUGGGCGACUUCCGCCACACCAUGCACGUAGGCCGUGGAGGGGACGCCUUUGGGGACACCUCCUUCCUCAACAGCAAGGCCGGCGAGCUGGACGGUGAGUCCCUAGACGAGCAGCCCUCCUCCUCCUCCUUCUCCAAGCGCAGCCUCCUCUCCCGUAAGUUCCGAGGCAGCAAGCGGUCACAGUCAGUGACCCGGGGGGAGCAGGAGCAGAGGGACAUGUUGGGGUCCCUGCGGGACUCGGCCCUCUUCGUCAAGAACGCCAUGUCCCUGCCCCAGCUCAACGAGAAGGAGGCCUCGGAGAAGGGGUCUGGCAAGCUGCCCAAGAGCCUGUCAUCCAGCCCUGUCAAGAAGGCCACAGCUGGGGAAGGCACUGAGGAGGAGGACAGGGCUGGCAUAGGGGCCACCACUCGGCGGAAUGGGGCGGCCAGCCCCCGCUCCCCUGACCCCCUCAUGGACGAGCAGGCCUUCGGGGACCUGACCGACCUGCCCGUGGUGCCCAAGGCCGGCCACGGGCUGAAGCACGCCGAGUCCAUCCUGUCCUUCCACAUUGACCUGGGCCCAUCCAUGCUAGGCGACGUCCUUAGCAUCAUGGACAAGGAGGAGUGGGACCCUGAGGAGGAUGGAGGUUACCAUGACGAUGACGAGGAGGACACAGCCACAGCAGGCAGCCUGGCCUGGGCACCCCCGGCUGCCCCAGUGGUCUCUCCAUUGGCCAGGCAAGAAAGCAAGGUGGGCCCGGACUCGCCCCCACUGCCCUCCCGGGCCCUGCAGGAUGAGGGGUGGGUGGCCGCAGCCCCCAGCCCCGGCUCAGCCCGCAGUGUGGGCAGUCACACCACUCGGGACAGCAGCUCCCUGUCCAGCUGCACGUCGGGCAUCCUGGAGGAACGCAGCCCUGCCUUCCGGGGCCCCGACAGGGCCCGGGCCACUCUGCUCAGGCAGCCGGACAAGGAGUUCUCCUUCAUGGACGAGGAGGAGGAGGAUGAGAUCCGGGUGUGAGGCAGUUGGGAGGGGGCCCAGCACGAGAGCAAAUAACAGUGAUGCUCUUGGCUCCAUCUCUACCCUGCCAACACCUCCCACCACCUGUGCAGGUGACAGCCCCUAGGGGGUGCUGUGAGCCGGGGGUGGGGAUGGGGAGGCUUGGAGGACUUGGGGGCAUUGGCAGGGGUACUGAACUGGGUGCCUGACUUGGCUGCAAGUCCCUCGCUCCCUCCCCUGCUCUGUAGGACGGGGGCCUGUGUUCUUGUAGCAGGACCCAGUUUCUCCCACCCCCCACCACAACCCCCAUCCUCCACACCAGCCCCAGAUGGAGGCCAGAUGUCAGCCUGAGUUCCCACUUUGUGUCCCAAUGGCAGGUCAGCCCAGGGGUGGCCUCGGGCCAGGGCUGAGGACACUAAGCUCAGCUUUUGUCUUAACGGCGUUUCUACUUCGAGGUGGCUGCUGGGGUGGACGCAUGUGGCAAGAGGAAGGGGGGGGUGCCAUACCUUUCAAGACACACACACACGCCC